AUGGCUGUGUACGUGGAUCAUCGAACAGACGCUCCCGAUUGCGUUGCCUCCCCAUCCCAGAUAGCAUGGCACCCACUUCAUCCACUCCUGGCAGUUGCUUCCAUCAGCACAGCAGCUGGGGGUUGUGUGGAUAUCUACCUGGAACAGGGAGAACAUGUGUCUGAUUCGCACGUCGAGAGAAGUUUUCAGGUCACAUCCCUUGCCUGGCACCCUUCCAGGCCCAUUCUGGCAGCAGGAUGGGAGACAGGAGAAGUUGUGAUAGUGAACAAACAAGACAAGGAGCAGCAUGCUGUACCCCCAGAUCACAGUGACAAAAUCACAGUCCUUAGCUGGAGUACAAAUGGUACCUGCCUUGUGUCUGGGGAUGGGCAUGGUGUGUUGUUCCUGUGGAAGAUGGACCAGCGAGGCCGAGUGCAGGGCUCUGCCCUGGUGAAGCAGGAGUAUGGGAAAUGCCUGGCUCACUGUGUCUUUCGGCCACCCCCUCCUGGAGAGGACCUUGUACAGCUGGCAAAAGCAGCUGUGAGUGGUGAUGAGAAGGCCUUGGAUAUGUUCAACUGGAGGAAAGCUGGAACAGGACCACCUCUGAAAAUGUCAGUCCAGGAAGGACUCUCCUUCUUUAUCACUUUGACAGAUGGUUCUGUGCACUAUGUGAGUGAGAAAGGAAAGACAAAGCAGGUGUUGUCCACAGAUAGUCUGGUCCGAACUCUCCUGUUCCUGGAGGAAAGGAAUGUUUUACUUGUGAUAACAGAGAACCUGCAGUUGUCCUUGCAUACAGUCACUGCCGAGGGAGAGGCAGAAGAGCUGGCAAAGGUGAAAUUGAGUGGGAAGACAAGUCAUUCUGCAGACAUCAUUCUCAUAGACCAUAGCCUGGUGGUUACAGCACUAGGAGAGACAGUCAUCAGGUUCUGGGAUUUGGACCGAGAUGAGAACUAUGUGCUCUCCCCAGAGGUGCAGUUUGGCUUUGAGGGAGGAGAAUGUAUUAACUGUGUGUCUUACUGCAGUGCUAAAGGUCUCCUGGCAGCUGGGACAACCAAGGGGAGAGUAGCAAUGUGGAGGAAAGCAGCAGGAUCUGAUCAGAGCACAUUGGCUUUGGAGGGCAAGGAGAGGUGGAAGUUCCAGGCAUCUACAGAACUCGAAGGAAAUGUCACACAGAUAAAGUGGGGCUCCCGAAAAAACCUGCUGGCAGUGAACAGCAUCAGCUCCGUGGUGAUCCUCAGUGAACAGGCCAUGUCUGCACAUUUCCAGCAGCAGGUGGCUGUGGUACAGGUGUCUCCCAACCUCUUCAAUGUCACCAUCUUCAGCACAGGAGCCACUCACAGCCUCCGUGUAGAUAUGAAUGUCAGUGGAGUCUUCGCUACUAAGGAUGCUGUAGUGUUCUGGAAUGGGAAGCAAGUGACUGUCUUUGAGUGCUCAGGAGAUACCUUCAGAAGUGCAGGCUCUUUUCUUUGUGACUCUCCAGUUCUGUCUGUGCAUGGAGAAAAUCUGUACACAGUGGAGCCGUAUCGGGUCCAGGUCCGCACCUGGCAGGGCACAGUGAAACAGCUGCUGGUGUUCUCUGAGGCAGAGGGGAAUCCAUGCCUCCUGGAUGUCUGUGGGAAUUUCUUGGCUGUGGGAACUGAUUUGGCUCACUUUAAAAUCUUCGAUCUCUCACGCAGAGAGGCAAAAGUGCACUGUAACAGCAAGAGUUUGUCUGAGCUGCUCCCAGGCUGUGUCGGCAUCGCAUCCGUCAAGUGCAAUGCUAAUGGCAGCAGAGUCAGCAUCCUUGUCAGCAAGGCAGAUGGGAACAUUGACUCCAAGAUCUGUUUCUAUGAUGUUGAGAUGGACAAAGUCACACUCUUUGAUUUCAAGGCUGAACAGGGAGAUGGUAGAGAGAAGCUUUCUGCUGGACAAGGCAUUGGCAAGUCUGUAGUGGAGUAUCCAGAGUUGCACAGUCACAUCCCUCAUUGCCAUUUCUGGGAUCAGAGUGAACCAAGACUUUUUGUAUGUGAAGCAGUUCCUGAAACAGGCCUCCAGUCUCCAGACCCAAAGAAAAAUCCAACUGAGAGCACAAUGGAUGUUUGGAUCAUAUCAUUCUUCAGCACUGAAGAGCAUGGCCUUUUGCUGCAGGACAGCUUUCCACUGCCUUCAUCCUACCAGGUUCUGCUGGGCAUAGAGGUGCCACAUUAUUACUUUGCAAAAAAGCUGGGAGAGGCUGAGAAGGGAGCAGCAGAGUCUGGCUCAGCAACAGUCUCUAUGGUUGCAAGGAGACCCUUGAGAGACUUCACUGGACUGGGAGACUGUGACAAGACCACCCGGGAUGCUAUGCUGAACUUCAGCUUCUAUCUGACUGCUGGAGACAUGGAUGAGGCCUUCAAAUCCAUCAGGCUGAUAAAGAGUCUGGGGGCUUGA